AAAAGCGCUCAUGUGCAACCACAGGGCCAUUCCGAAUUCAAAGAUGUCUCGUCGACCGCAAUGGACGUACAGAGGUUCAUUCAAGUCUUCGGCGGCAUGAUUUUACAUAGCACGCCACAUCUGUAUGUAUCAGUACUCCCAUUCUCGCCUGCCAACUCUCUGUUAUCGAGGAAGUUUUCUGUACGGUUUCCGAAUACUCUCCGUGUGGCAUCUGGACGUGAUAUAAAUUGGCCAGCUGUUCAGACCGCACUCAGGGGGCACACUUAUUCAGUUUUGUCGGUCUCGUUCUCGCCGGACGGCACUCGCAUCGUCACUGGUUCGGGCGAUAACACUGUUCGGCUGUGGAAUGCAGGGACGGGGGAGCCAGUCGGUGAGCCCUUGCGGGGGCACGCUGAGUCAGUAACAUCGGUCUCGUUCUCGCCGGACGGCACUCGCAUCGUCACUGGUUCGGACGAUAACACUGUUCGGCUGUGUGAUGCAGUGAUGAGCCAGCCGUCGCAAUAUUGCGCUGUGUCAGAUCCUUCAGCCUCAUCAAAUGAACAUCGCGUCAUGCAUCCCACUCCCAUGACAUUGAAUACUUGGAACAAUCACACCAUUUGCUUCUCGUCUAACUCCAUCCAUGCGUUGCGCAACACUUCUGAAUUAACGGAUGGAGCAUCCCAUGACGACCGCAGUUCGAACCCCUUUGUGCUGAAUGUUAACAGUGGAUGGGUGGCAGGACCCAAACACCGACUCUUGUUCUGGGUACCACCUGCUUCUCGACACCCAUUCUAUAACCCUGUGACUACAUUAGUGAUACCCAGAGGAGGUCUCGAGCUUGAUUUGAGCCGCAUGGUACAUGGACAGCAUUGGCAAAAGUGCCGAGAGGUACCUUAGUACCAACGAUGCUGCGGUAAUGGAUCUCUUAUGGAGAUUUCACAUAGAAUUAGACGUGAAUGAGUGUACAGUGGAUCAUACUUCGUGUUCCAUUCCAUACCCAGCAAAUUUAGGAUUACCCAUGUGAACGACG